AAAACUUGGACAGGAAGUAAAUUUUGUUUCCAGCUGGCUGGUCUGCAGAGAAGGAUCCUGAAACACUGCACGAAAAGCGAUGUCGUUUUGUUCUUUCUUUGGUGGAGAGGUCUUUAAAGACCAUUUUAAACCAGGGAUUUAUGUGUGCUCCAAAUGCAACCACCAGCUGUUUUCCAGCUGCUCCAAGUAUGAGCACUCAUCGCCCUGGCCAGCCUUCACAGAGACCAUCCACAAGGAUAGUGUGUCCAAAUAUGAGGAGAGGCCUGGGGCAUACAAGGUGCUGUGUGGAAAGUGUGGAAAUGGACUGGGCCAUGAGUUUGUGAAUGAUGGGCCGUCCAAAGGGCUCUCGCGCUUCUGAAUAUUCAGCAGCUCACUGACGUUCGUCCCUAAAGAUAAGGUUGAUGGACUGUAAGGUGAGCUGCAGAAGAAGUGCUGCUUGAAUUACAAGUCUCGCUGUGUUGCUGAACGUGUGGACAGUCAAUGAAGUGCUCUGGAACAAAGCCCAGUGCGGGAGCACCAGAGCUCUGAUCAGCAGUGGCCUCACUGCACAGCAAGAACAGAGGACAGCUCUCGAUACAUCUGCUAUGCAAUUAUCACAGACUUAGUAACUUAUUGAUCACAACCUUAAUGUCUCCUUGGUUUUAAAUUGAUUGAUCCUGAACCCUGGUGAGGCCUGCAUUUGAUGGGUUACAAUAACCUGU